AUGGAGGACGUGGAGAACAUGGAGAAUAAGGAGGACGUGGAGAACAUGGAGAAUGAGGAGGAUGUGGAGAACGUGGAGGACAUGGAGAACAUGGGGAACGAGGAGGACCGUGGAGGACAUGGAGAACAUGGGGAACGAGGAGGACGUGGAGAACAUGGAGAAUUUGGAGAAGAAGGAAGACAUGGAGGACAUGGAAAAUGA